AUGACUGAACAGGCAAAAGAUACUGUUUUAUCUCCAUUAGUGAUUCAAGGUUUACCGAAGUUCGUAUCAUUUAUAUGUCACCGAUUUUUUGAACGAGCUUUGUGGGCUUUUGCCGAGUUAGGCAUAGCUGAUCUUAUGGCCGAUUACAAAUCGCCAAUAACUGCAGCUAAAUUAAGCCAAUUGAAUGGAAAUAGCUGGAAUAUCGGAUUUGUGUAUCGUUUAUUGCAAACUAUUUCUGAUGCCGACAUUGUCCAACAGUGCAUCACAAAUACCGACGGUUCACAUCGAAAUAUGAAUCCUGAACAUGAGAAUCAUUUUCAGUUGACAAAUAGUGGAUUAUUUUUAACGACAAAUCACCCAUCAAAAGCCAGAGAUAUGAUUCGAUUACAUUUCGGACCCGUUAUGGAUCACUCGUCAAGAUAUCUUCCGGAUUUAAUUCGGCAUGGCUAUAGCAAUGGAAAUGGAUUCGAGCAAGCAUUUGGAGAUAGUUUAUUUGAUUACCUGCAAAGAGAAGAAAAUCAAGACUACUCAAAUAUGUUUGACAAUGCAAUGAGUGCAUCUUCAAACUAUGUGGUACCAUCUAUGGCUAGAAACAUCAAUUUUAGUCGAUUCGAAACCUUAGUUGAUGUGGGCGGUGGAUUAGGAACUCUAUUAGCUUUUAUUCUGGAAAAAUAUCCUAAAUUGAACGGAAUCGUCUUCGAUUUAGAACACGUCAUUGAAAAUGCAAAGAAGACGGGCUCCCACACUUUUCAACAGAAAGGAAUAGAAUUCAAUCGUUAUCGAUUCAUAGCAGGUGAUAUGUUCAAAUUCGAAACGAUACCAGCAGCCGAUUCAUACAUGUUGAAGUUUAUUAUACAUGAUUGGGAUGAUGAGAAGUCGGUGAAUAUAUUAAAAUCGAUUCGUAUGGCUAAUAGAAAUUCUCAGUACAACAAUGUGACAAUAUUCCUUGUAGAAAUGAUUUUGUUAUCCGACGAUAUCAAUAAUUGGGAAGCGCGAGCAACAGAUAUGGAAAUGUUAACGAAUACGGGCGCCAAAGAAAGAACUAAAGAUGAAUACGUCCACUUACUCAAAUUGAGCGGUUAUGAAUUUAAACAAUUAUAUCGAACAGAUGGAUUUUAUUCUAUUAUUGAAGCUAUUUCUAAAACAGAACUCUCCGAUUGA